GUUUUUUUUUUUUUUUUUUAAUUUUUUCCCUAAACCCUAUUUCACUCCCUCCCACACGCUGCACUCCGCCCCGCCUCCCCUCUUCCUGACGCCGUCUCCGCCGCCGCCGUACGCUACACUUUCAGCUUCCUUACGACAAACUCGCCGCUGCACUCUCCCUCUUACACUCUCUCGCCUCUCAGAGCAAUCAGAGUUACCGUCUCUGAUUUUUUUUCUGAGAAACACAGUGGUUCAGGCCCUAAACCGAACAGACUUGUACCUGCGGGCCUAAAAUUGCAUUCUAAGUUUGCAACAUCCUUUUCCCCUUACUGUGUUUCGCUAAAUGGAGUUCGUGAGCCCUGAAGGACUUCGCCUAGACGGUCGCCGUCCAAUGGAGAUGAGGCAAAUCCGAGCAGAAAUUGGCGCCGUUUCUAAAGCAAAUGGUUCUGCUGUUUUUGAGAUGGGUAACACCAAAGUUCUUGCUGCUGUAUAUGGUCCCAGAGAGGUUCAGAAUAGGAGUCAACAAAUGAGCAACCAAGCACUGGUGCGCUGUGAGUACACCAUGGCUAAUUUCAGUACCGGAGACCGCAUGAGAAAGCCCAAGGGAGACAGGCGAUCCACAGAGAUAUCCUUAGUUAUUCGCCAGACAAUGGAGGAAUGCAUUCUAACACAUUUAAUGCCCCGGUCUCAGAUAGAUAUUUUUGUCCAAGUUCUUCAAGCAGAUGGAGGUACCAGAUCAGCAUGCAUCAAUGCUGCAACUUUGGCGCUUGCUGAUGCUGGAAUUCCCAUGCGUGAUAUUGUUACUUCCUGCAGCGCUGGCUACCUUAAUAGCACACCUCUGCUUGAUUUGAAUUAUGUAGAGGAUAGUGCUGGUGGCCCUGAUGUCACUGUAGGCUUUCUACCUAAGUUGGAUAAAGUCACUCUUCUUCAGAUGGAUGCUAAAUUACCUAUUGAUGUAUUCGAGAAUGUGAUGCAACUUGCAAUUGAGGGCUGCAAAGCCAUAGCUAGUUACAUUCGAGAGGUAAUGUUAGAUAAUACAAAGCAACUCGAAUAUCAUCGCGAUGGAUAGACACUGUUUUGAGCAUUGUUACCCAGAGAAGGGAGAGUUCAGUUGUUUUUAAGGUAUAAUGAGGUUAUUGGUGCCUUUUUCUCAUCCCAGUUUGUUGUUGAAUUAAUAGGCUCUCUUGCCCUAAUGUACAGAAUAUGUACCCCCCCAUGUUUCACAAAUCUGUUGGGUUUUUUUUUCCCUUUUUUUUUUUUUUGGGUGUGUGUGUGUGUGUGUCCUUUAAUUAGAAUGACAGAAAGUUGAAUUCAUAUCA